GAGACCACUGCCAAAACAUCAGCGCGGAAAGAUGUCGUCUAGUUACUCUGCAAACCAGUAUGAAAACGCCUAUAGGCCGCAAAGGCUCCAGAAUUGGACCAUCCCCAAACAGUUUAAGCAGAGACCAUCAGCAGCAGAAGGCUACACUACAUUUAUAGCCACAGACCGUGGCCAUCUUCUGCCUGGUGUGAAAACAAAGCGUGGAAGUUCAUGGUCAGCAUUCCAAGGCACAUGGGACUUACCUCGCCAAAUCUCUCCUGCUUCCAUAAACCCCACUGCCCGCUCACAAGAGGGACAGAGUCGCCUCAGGACCUGGGGAAGGAUUAAAUUUGCCACAAAUCAGACUCAUGGGGCCCUUGGUGACAACCAGGCUAUAAACAGAUCCUCUCACAAUGGGGAAAACAUAAAUGUGGAACAGCCUGCUGUAGAGACAAAAAUACAUAUGAGUGACCCAGACCAAAACGAACCAGAAAGGCCCAAAUUACAGAAUUGCCAAGAUCAGUCUAGACCAACAAGCCAGCAAGCCCAGUCUGUAAACCUUCAUGAAAACCAAGUCCAGUUUAGAUCUGUAAGUCACCACAGCCAACAGGCUCCAUCCAGACCAGCCACUCAGGAAAGCCAAGCUGAGUUAAGACCACCAACCCAGAGUGGCAGAUCAGCAUCUCAGCAAAAAUAACACCAUUUUAAUCAGAUCUCCUGUAUGGGCAGUUAUAAAAGUUCCUCUGUUACGUAAGUGUACCACUUCUUUGAAAAACACUUACUUUACAGAUAUUAUUUUUGUGUUUCCAAUGAUUUAUAACAGUGCUCUCCGUUUGUUCGCAAUGUGUGUGUGUCAGAACACAUUAACUGAAUUGUUUCAAUAAAGCUAAAGCUGAUUAGUUUUACUAAAUGGCUUUUGUAAUGGAAUCUGCUUAAAUGAAAUGCUGCCUGAAUGCAGGGUCAAGUAUCACCAGAAAAUACAUCAAAGUACCUUAAUGACUGUAUUUUAAUAAUAUUCUUAAAAAAAGAUAAAAACAUCAUUAGAUAUUUUCAAUAUUUUUGCUUUAUUUGCUCAAUAAUGCACUGACAAACCUGUAGGCCCAAUAGAACACAAAAUCAGCUUGAUUCACUAGUCAUCGGUUAAUGUUUUUGGUGACUGGAAGCAAAUGAGUGAUUUUUGGAGCAGACGCUGAAAGCUUGGGAAACUGAAAUGGAUAGAUUACCCAAAAUUAAAAUUCUGUUAUUGUUUACCCAUCCUCACAUCAUUCCAAACCUAUAUGAUUUUCUUUAUUUUUUCUGUGGAACAUACAGUAAGAAGGUAUUUUCAGAAAUGUAACAUUUUUAUCCUUACAUUGGAAUUCAAUGGUGUGCAUUUCUGGAUCAAUUAUCCCUUUGAGAGCCAGUCACAGGUUCUAAAGAUGAAGGCCAAGACCCUUGUGAAAUCAUUUUUCCACUCUCUGUUAAUAAACAUACAAUAAAGCAGCUGCAUGGUCAGAUCACAAAGUUA